AGGGGAGGUUCCGCACGGAAAGUGUUAAGGUGACAGUAGGAAGAGGAAGAAGUGGAGGUGUGUAAUGGGCAGAAAUUGUUCGAGGGGAAAAGAGAGAAAAGCACGCAAUUGUGACUGGAUGGUUCCAGCUCACGGACUUUACUAGGACAUAGAAUCCGGGAGAAGAGGGAGGGUACUUUAGAUUUGCGCCUCCUCGACAAGGAGAGAAGAACAAGAGACAGGAGUUUGAGAGUUAGGCAGUAUGUGCGGAGCCUUUGUAACAUUACCCGGACUGAAGCAGUAAAUCAUGUGAAGUCUGUCUGAGUGUGGAGGAAGACAAAGAACAAGGGAUUUCUAUUUUUAUGCAAUUUGUAUGAACGGUAGUUUGUUAUACUGUGUGUGAUUUUGGAAUGCAGACGCGAAUGCUUGUGUGGCAGAAUUUUAUUUGACCGAAUCUGCAAUCUUUUACUAGCGAUUAUUAUUUGAGUGCUGGCACUUGGACAUUGGGGGGGACACUUUGUAUAUUGUUUCAUUUUUAUCUUAUUUGGGCAGCUGGCCUGCCUGGAUUGAAUAUAACUGUAUGCACUAUGUUUCUAACAAAUUAAAAAAAAAAAAGCACCAAGUACUGAGAAGCAACUAGUGGUUUGAACACCUGCUUGUACCUGUUAUAAAGCAGUAACAGACUGUACAGCACAUCCAUUCAGUUAACGGGGUAUUCUCUAGUGAAUAUUACAAUUCUACCUUCACAUAUAAUACUAAAUUUGAAGGAUUUAAAACAUAAGCAUACACGUAUAAAUAAUCGCUGCUAGUAUAAUUGUAGGUAAACACUGAAUCGUGAUAUUGUAACCUGAAGUAGCAUAAUACUUGUACGCACCAUUAUUUAGUCACUGCUGAGAAGGUUGCUUUUAUAGUGUAUGGGAUAAGAUUAAGUGCUUAUUUAAGCGUUUAAUUUAGGAAAUCUAGAAAACAAGUAUUACCCAUACCCAACAAGCAUAGCAGUAUCCCCCUCGUCUGUGUUUGUGUGUGGAGAGUGUUUGAUAUCAUGAGCAAGAGGCGCCGCUUAUUUGUAGGAACAUGGAGGAGGAAGAAGGGGCUUUAUUUAACAUUGGGGGUGGUGGGCUUGGUGUUCCUUGGUUUUUCUCUUAUGGGUGGGGGCGAACCUGAUAAUGACAAAAUCUCAGCCGGCAAUGGUGAGGUUGUUGAGCAUAUUGAACCCAGGGAACAAGGUGACAUAGAACAGGAUGCACAAGAUUAUGAACAGCUAAAGAAACCUGUGUAUGAGAAGCCACCUUUGGACAUCAAUGCUCUUGGAGAGUUUGGGCGUGCUGUGAGACUCAACCUGAAUGGAAAGGAGAAAGAACUGGAGACAGAGAGCAUAAAUAAACAUCAGAUCAAUAUCUACCUCAGUGAUAAAAUUUCUCUUCAUCGCAGGCUCGAGGAAAGAUGGAAUCCAAUGUGUAAAACAGUGAAAUAUAAUUACCACAGGAUGCCUAAAACCUCUGUUAUCAUUGCAUUUUACAAUGAGGCCUGGUCGACCCUCUUAAGAACAGUCCACAGUGUUCUGGAAACUUCUCCAAUCUCACUUUUGGAAGAGAUAAUUCUGGUAGAUGAUUAUAGUGACAGAGAGCACCUGAAAGAACGUUUGGAAAAAUACAUUUCCAAACUGAUGAGGGUGCGCCUAAUCCGAGCCAAUAAAAGAGAAGGUUUAGUACGAGCUCGUCUUUUGGGUGCUUCCAUUGCCAAAGGUGAAGUUUUGACCUUUCUUGAUUGUCACUGCGAGUGCCAUGAAGGUUGGCUUGAGCCAUUAAUGGAGAGGAUUCGUGAAAAAGAAAGUGCUGUUGUUUGUCCAGUGAUUGAUGUUAUUGAUUGGAACACAUUUGAGUACUUGGGAAAUUCAGGUGAACCUCAAAUUGGUGGUUUUGAUUGGAGGAUGGUAUUCACUUGGCAUACUGUCCCAGAGAGAGAGCAGAAAAAGAGACGUUCCCCAAUUGAUGUGAUAAGUUCCCCAACAAUGGCUGGUGGGCUAUUUUCUGUCAGCAAGAAGUAUUUUGAACACUUAGGCUCAUAUGAUACUGGAAUGGAAGUAUGGGGUGGAGAAAACCUUGAAUUUUCUUUUAGAAUCUGGCAAUGUGGGGGAAGCCUUGAAGUUCACCCAUGUUCCCAUGUGGGACAUAUUUUCCCCCGACAAGCUCCAUACUCCCGUAGUAAGGCACUGUCCAACAGUGUAAGAGCAGCUGAAGUAUGGUUGGAUGAAUAUAAAGAAAUAUACUACCAUCGCAACCCACAUGCACGGAAGGAGCCAUAUGGAGAUGUGACAGAAAGGAUACAGCUUAAAGAAAGACUCCAAUGCAAAAAUUUUAAAUGGUUCUUGGAAAACAUUUAUCCGGAGCUUCCUGUCCCAGAAGACCGACCUGGUCGUUUUGGAAUGAUAAAAAACAAGGGAUUAGAAGGUCUUUGUUUUGACUAUAACCCUCCUAAUGAAAAUGACGUCUCAGGACUACAGAUUAUUUUAUACCAAUGUCAUGGAAUGGGCCAAAACCAGUUUUUUGAAUAUACAAGCUACAAUGAGAUUCGCUAUAAUACCAGGCAGCCAGAAGGCUGUGCUUCAGCAGAUUAUAACAGUGACCAUCUAACAAUGUUCUUGUGUCGUGAAAAUGGUCAGGAUGUACCUGAAAAUCAAAAGUUUAUUUUCAGAGAGGAUGGUACGAUUCUUCAUCAGAAGACACAAAAGUGUGUGCAAGCAGUCAGAAAUAUAAAAGAUGAAAAUCCUGAACCUGUUUUACGACCGUGCGCUGACUAUGAUAACCAGAAAUGGUAUUUUGAGGAGAGACACUAAGCUUAAAUUUGCAGUAAAAAAGGACAUUAACAAAUUCCACAUGGCUGGAUUUUGGUACUAACUGAAUAUGGAACUAUUACAUUGAGGAUCUUUUACUGUUUGGUAAUCCGUUAGACUGGGAUAUAAAAGUAUUUUUGGCAGCUGCUGGGAGGACUACUGGCUUAUUAUUUUAAUAAUUAUUUAAUUGUUGGG